UUUUUCCCUCUGAGACUGGUAUUCAUUGGUGUUAAUGCUCUUGAUUUUGGAUAUUUUCAGGGCCAAUGAGAACAGAAACUGCUUUCGUUCUGCCCCAACACACAACAGAAACAGAACUGAAACCUCAGCUGAGGCUGCUGCUCUCCCAUUUCCAUAUUUCAUAUGACGUGGAAGAGCUGAGGGACGCUUCUAAGGAGACAGAACUUUUUGCCUUGGUUUCCCAAAAAUUUCAAAGCAUCUUCAUGGAGCAACAGAGAAUGCAAAUGUUUCCAGACUAUAAUGCUGGGAUAGCUAAAGUGGAAAAUUUGGAUUUGACAGGACCUGGUAGGGCCUUGAAAAAGAGAGCCAACUGGACUUCCUUUAUAAAGAUUAAGCCAAAAUGUGAUCCUGGGCAAAAGAAGCUUUUGACCAAGCUAAAAGAACGGAGAAGAAUAGAUCUAUUAAUGCAACUCCAAGCAAAAUUUCUGAAGGUAAAAAAGUAACCAUGUUUCCUUGUAGAUAAAAUUCUGGUCUCAGAAAAUUGAUUUCUUUGCACUUUGAAAAAAUGUUAGCCAUGGAUUCACUAUGAAGGCUUUAUUUGGAAUUGUCUAA